AUUAUUUUUAAUAAUUUUGAUAACUGUUAUGAUAAAAUUAAGGUUUAAAUUGUUUAAAGAUAAAUUAAAUUUGAAUAACAUUAUUCGACAUUCUUGUGAUUAUAAUACUAUUUAAUAUUUAUUAACUUUUACCUUGUUUUACAAGUGUUUAUUACUAUUUAGUGCUUAUUUUUAUUUUUUUUUUUUUGUAAAUUAAUUUAGUAUAUUAUAAUAUUUAAACAAUAAUUACUUCAUUAUGCGUCUAAACAAUGUUUUAAAUUUUCGCGAUAUGCGUCGAUAUACAAAAAAUCCACUUGAAGUUAAAUUUGAAGAACUUUUGCCGCUUAAGUUGAAAGAUAAAGUAUCUGGUAAAGGAGAUAGGUCCAAAGAACGUGCAUGUGUUCAUGAAAUAUCUGUUAUGUUUGCCUGUUUCAAAAAAAAUGAAUUUGAUCAAGCACGCUGUGCAGAUGAAAUUACCAAGUUUCAAGCAUGUGCCACUAAAAAUUAUGCUGACAAGUUUAAAAGAAAACAAGACAGACGAGAAGGAAACAUUUCUGUGGGGAAAGAUAAUCUUACACCUAGAGAAAUCAAUCAUCUUCUGAAAAAGUAUCCAAAUCCGUAAAACUAAAUUUUUAAAAUUUGUAUUUAGGUAUUUAGAAUCUACAUGUAGCUAUUUAAAUUUAAAUUUUUUAUUUAAAAUGUACAAUUUGUCUGUUAACAUUGUAUUUCAUAUAAAAAUAAAAUUUAAGAAUAAAAA